AUGACUGUUGAAGACCUUCUCGAGCAGUAUCAGGGCCAGAUUGUGCCAAAGGCAUACAAUGCCGGCUACCUGGCUCUCAGCUACCUCAUCAGCUUGGUGGGCGCUGCUUCGACUCUUGAAUUGGUCAAUCGGCGAUCAUGGUUUAACGGUAUUUCGAAUCAUCUGGUACUCGGGUGCUCUGCAAUCACCAUGGGUGGUAUAGCUAUUUGGUGCAUGCAUUUUGUUGGAAACCAGGCGCUCAUCCUUGCUGAUGGGGAGACAGAGAUGCAGAUUGCCUACUCCAGUGGCAUCACAGUACUCUCUUUCUGUUUGCCUGUUCUUGUCCUACUUGCUGCCUUUUACGCAAUAGGCAUCACAAAUCGAAUCGCUUGGUGGAGGGUGGUAACUGCUGGAAUUCUUUGUGGUUCUGCUAUCUGCGGGAUGCACUACUUGGGUAAUGCUUCCAUCAAAAACUAUCGGUGCAUCUAUGCCACGGCAUAUAUCGCGGGGGCUGCUAUUAUUGCAGUUGUUGCCAGUACCGUGGCAUUGGCCAUGUUUUCCAUUUUCCAAUCGCUCUCGGCGAGUAGCUGGUGGAAACGGACUAUUUCUGCUAUUGUCCUGGCUGGAGCGGUAUCCAGUAUGCACUGGUGUGCCUCUGUUGGCACUGAGUAUCGACUGGUUCAGCUCGGGAGAGCAGAGGGAGGAUCACGGACUGCGACGGUGAUUGCAGUUAUUUGUUUGUCUCUCAGUGCUUGUAUCAUCAUUGCUGGAUCAGCUAUCCUUCGAGCCCGCACACUCAAGCAAGCAGCCCGUCGUGCCCAGCAGAUUGCAUUAGGCGCUAUUGUGUUUGAUAAAAACGGACGUCUUCUUGUUGAUUCCAACGGAGUUUUCCCCAACGUUGUUGUCACUGAUUUCUUCAUCGGAGAGAACACCAAGGAAAGAUUCACCACUGCUCAUUCACAGUUUCACUGGAUGUUUCAAGCCUCGCGGAAUUGGAUCGGAAUUUCGGGACUAAUAAACGGCAUGAAACAACAUCUAGCACAGUUACCACACAAAAGACGCCAUAAGGAUGCGAGGAAGGGGAUCCAGCUGAUUACCGACGACGGGAAGCUCAUCGAGGGAUACGAAAUCAUUUUCCGCGAACUCUUCUGCGUCGCCGCUUCUGAGCUCAGCGAUCGCCUCAACGAGCCCCUCACAGCAAUCGGGGUUCUGUGGGAUCAAAUCCUGCCCAAAAGAACAGUUCCAAACCCAGCUUACCUACAAGCACUUGAACAACGCCGAGGCGAUGAUACCGUCGGACUGAGCGAGACGAGCAGUAAGGGCUCAACCGAAGUUGGCCGCCUCAAGAAAGAGGUCGGACUCGAGAAUGGCAUGGACGCACGAGGCGCACUGAUGUUCCUGGUUCGUCGCCUUGAAUCAGACGACGAGGUCAAGAGACUCGUAUCGGCUGGAUUCCGUUUUGUCGACCCUGGCCAAGUAAGCAACAACUCAACGACCCAUUUGCAGAUUCAGUCUACCGAAUUCGAAUCAAAGCUUCGCGACAUGAAAAGCUUUGUUGAUCAGCAAGUUCGGAUCAAGCCUGGGGUUCAUCUAGGCUUCUUCGCUGUCCAGGAUCCAGGGCUCAACAAGGCCCAAGUCCUUGUACGGAGAGACGCUCGUCACUUGAUUCCUUCACUACCUUUACCUCUCAAUAGUAUCAACGACUGCCACAUGGGCCUUUUGCGAGGACUUGGUGGAUUACGAGUACCAGAAGUCCUCCAACGGUUGAGAACUACAGGUGCAUCUUCGAGGUCUCCUCAAGAGGAACAAUUCGCCAAGUAUCUCUCCAAUGCCAUUGAUUCACUACGUGGUUUGGUGCAGGAACCUCUGUUUCAUGAUGCUGUGCUCGCAUCGUCUAUCGUGCGACUUCCGUUCGGUAUUGAUGGGGACCAAGCAGACGAGACCUUCAUGAUGGCGUUGCGGCUCAAAAUUCCUCAUCCCGUCAUCUCGUUUGGUCCCAACUGCCAAUGGGUCCCGCUCAACCUGUUCAGAAUGCGACAGGUGUUGGAACAAUCUCGACAGGAGUUUGUACGGGUUCUCCAUCACGACUUUGAUCCUUUGAACAUGCCCGCAAGCCGGGCGAAUAAUGAGCUCACUUCCGGACCGUCUUCGACACUCCGCCGACUGAAAAGUGCUGUGGCAUUGGCAGAUUCAAAGGGUAAGAAAGCUGGCGUUACAGGAAUGAGGAUUCGCGCUCCGUCGCAAGAUUCUAUACGCUCAUCCUCAACAAUCAACUUGUGUCCCCCUGGAGCUAGCGAAGGCCUCAGUGAGCGCCCUCCGUCGACAGAGAUAGUGGACGUAUACCCCCCUGAGCGUCAUUACACCGCACACCAGCAAUCAUUCUUAAACGGGGGUAUUGUUGUAUUCCAAGAGGUAACCGUUCAAGUCGAACUGAAGAAGUCUGAGUCUCGAAAUGACUUAGAACCUUCAUUGAGUCAGGACACGGUCACCGAGCCGCCUCGUGUGCAACACAAACACCAACAUCAUCAACAACAUUAUCAACAUGAAUUGCCAAUAACACAAGACAUUGAGCUGCAGCCAUAUGGAUGGGGGAAAACUGAUGUUUCUGUUGAGUCUCGUUGGCUAAACAAUCAUGGCCAAGUUGACGAUAACAUCAUGACGAUUGCUUCUUUUAUAGACGCUUUAGUUGCAGAGUCUAAUAACUCUAGCACAUGA